CGCAACAACGGCGUCACGCCGCUGCUCAUCGCGUGCAUCCAGGGCCACCUCGAGGUCGCCAAGCUCCUCUCCUCCUACGGCGCCUCGCGUGCCGCAGUGCCGCCCCGCGGCACGCCCGAGGAGAUCGCGAACCGCCGAGGCCACGCCGACCUCGCCGCUUGGCUGGUCGCCAGCCGCGGCUGGACGCCGCUCGCGCAUCUGGAGAGCCUCACCGCCGCCCGCGCCACCUCCCUCCUGCGCGGCGGCGCAAGCUUGCACGAGGGCGAGCCGACGCCGCUGCAGCGCGCCGCGGGCGGCGAGGGUGAGGCGGCGGCGCUGAUCCGGCGGGCGGCGGCGCCGUGGUCGCCCGCAAGCCACUCGCUCUUCCCCGCGGCGGCGCGCGAGUACGCGGUAACGGUCAUGCGCAUCGGCCACCAGAUCGCGCUCUCUCCGCCCGACGACGCCGAGGCGCGCCCGGACUGGAGCGCGCUGUCCGACGUGUGGCGCGAGCACGUGCUGCCACACGCGGUGGCGCGCUGAACGCGGGCGCGAUCGACGCCUUGGAGGAGGAGCUAUCGGCGCUCGGCGCUUCGCCUCGCAGCGCUUGAGGUUGCCGAGGCGCCGGCGGCCGCUGCUGAGACGGCGGCAACGGCAGUGGGCGAGGUUGAACCACUCAUGUGCG